GGGCGAGGCGGGGCGAGGCUGAAGGCGCGGGAGGGCAGCCAGAGGGUUGCGGGCGCGGCGCGCAGGAGACCAUGUCCGGGGGCAGCAGCUGCAGCCAGACCCCGAGCCGGGCCAUCCCGGCCACUCGCCGGGUGGUGCUCGGCGACGGCGUGCAGCUCCCGCCCGGGGACUACAGCACCACCCCGGGCGGCACUCUCUUCAGCACCACCCCGGGAGGUACCAGGAUCAUCUAUGACCGGAAAUUCCUGAUGGAGUGUCGGAACUCACCUGUGACCAAAACGCCCCCGAGGGAUCUGCCCACCAUCCCCGGGGUCACCAGCCCUCCCAGCGAAGAGCCCCCCACGGAAGCCAGCCACAACCACCUGCGAAGCAGCCCGGAAGACAAGCGCGCGGGCGGUGAGGAGUCACAGUUUGAGAUGGACAUUUGAAGGCCCAGCCAGCGGAUGGAGCGUUGCCUG